UUAAAACUGACCUGUCAUGCUGCAAUGCCAGCAAAACGUGUGAAACGUGAACAAAAUAUAUAGCUACUUAAUUAAACUUAAGCUGUAGAUAUUCUCCCAAGCGACUCGCAGGCAAUCCAUAGAUUAUCGCUGCCAAAUUUCCACGCUCAAAGACAUGGAAAACCAAACGCUUAACGUAUUUAAGUGUGAAGAAGACUUCUCCGAUGAAGAUGAAAGCAUCGGAGAGGACGAAGACUCGCCAGUAUUGUCGUACGAUGAAUUGGAGGAUACGAAGUUUGAUUUUAGCAGCGAAUAUGCAAGUGAAUCGGAUGCCGUCAUAUUGGUCAGCAGUGAGGAAUAUGAAGCAAGGAGAGUGGAGUUUGGUCAACAUGUGAAGAAGGUCCUCGCUUUGGAGCAGCGCAAACGAGUGCUUGAUGAGGUGGCGUCUAGAGCAGGAGCUAUUGACAUUGAAGAUUUGACGAGCAUUCAAGGAACAUUGCAAAAGGAAAAUUAUCGUAUGAUUGCUAAAGGGAAGUUGCUAGACACUCUGCGUGUAGACGAGGAGCAGCGCGGGAGUGCCGAGACCCAAGCGAACGUGAAGCCCGAAUGGUCCAAACUGUUCUCGGGUCUGAACCGCCAUCGGGACAAAGCUGGCACCACUCCAGCUGAGUUUUACCAGCACAAGGCGAACAUUAUUUCCAGCCUAAAGACAAUCUACGAGCCAAAAGAGCCCACGCCCAGUGGAGAUCAGUUUGCUGAGCAGUCCUCGCUCCUGCUGGUGGGCCUGAUGAAGCAUCAGAAAUGUGGCCUGCGAUGGAUGCAGUUCCGGGAACGGCAGGAAAUUAGCGGUGGCAUUCUGGCAGAUGACAUGGGACUGGGCAAGACUCUGAGCAUGAUCUCACUGAUCUUGUCCUCUCUGGAGAAAAAGAAGCUGAAAAUGGAGAAAAGGCAAAAGGCACAAGCGGCGAAAUGGAUGCCGUUUAAAAAGUUGUACAAGUUUAACAUCUUUGAAGACGAAUUCUCUGAGGAAGAAGACGAGGAACCUACGCCUCCAAAGCGUCUGUGCCCCGAGUUAUCCCAGGCAGAAGAGUUAACCGAAUCUGAAGAGGAAGAUGACUGUGGUCCCUAUCCGCACGCGGGCACUUUAGUGGUCUGCCCCAUGAGCGUGAUGUGCCAAUGGGCCCAGGAAGUGUCCACUAAAGUGGCCCCAAAUACCAUUAAUUUUUUGAUCUUUCACGGUGCCUAUCGGCAAAACAUCUCCUUGGAGAUGUUCAGACGCCACGACUUGGUUAUAACAUCGUACCAGACCGUCGCCUCUGAGGUUGGGAAACUUGGCAACAGUUCCCUUCUGCUGGCCGUCCAGUGGCAGCGUCUAAUCCUGGACGAAGCUCACAUAAUACGAAACACGAAGACCAAAUGCUUCAAUUCGGUCUACCUGCUGCGCGCACAUUGUCGUUGGGCACUGACAGGCACACCCGUGCAGAACCGGGCCAUCGAUGUGUUUGCCCUGCUGCGCUUCUUGAACGUGCCGCACUUCAAUCACCUGAAUACGUGGAAGACGAUGCUCAACCAUGGCAAGCAAGCUCACUUUCGCCUGAGCUUCAUCAUCAAGCCACUGAUGCUGCGUCGCACCAAGCAGCAGCUGCAGGCCUCCGGGGAUAUGCCAGCACUGCCUGAACUGAUGGUCGAGGUGGUACACGUACAGCUCUCGGAGCCUGAAAUGGCCGUCUAUCAGAUCUUGUCGUCGAUCUCUCAAAAAAUAUUCACCCAGUUCCUGAUGCAGCGCGAGCGCGGAAACAACGACUUGAAUUACUCUUCUUUGCAAGGACAGCCACAAUUCAUCACAAAUCAUGUUGAGGAAAAGUACACAAAAAUAUACGAGCGAUUCCUUCGAUCGCUGGGAUACAAUCCCAAAGAAAAGGUAAAGGGAAUCGUUAUCCUGGUGCUGCUUCUGCGCCUGCGUCAGUUUUGCUGUCAUCCCAGUCUUAUGGUUAAUAUGUUUUUGUUCAUGGACGCAGCCAUGCCACACAGUGAUCUGAAGUUAGAUCUCAAGCAUAUUGGCGGCUCGUUGCAGUUGGAUGCACUGAAGGAGUUGGAGAAUUACGCUGCACGUGACUGCAGCUCCGACGGCGAAGAAAAAAAAGUUGAAAUCAAAACGGAAGACCCAAUGCAGCCAGUGGAGGAAGAUUUCGGGGCCCAGCUAGAAAUGGAAACCAACACAGAGGAAGUGAAACCAAAGGAGGAAAAUGUUCUCAGUGACUUGGCCGGAGCCAUGGAACUUCUAAAUAUUAACAAUCCCAUUUUCAAUCCCAGUCAGCCGUCGGCCAAACUGAAAGCCGUUAUUCAGAGACUGGAGUCAAUACUCGAAGAGACAAAUGACAAGGUCAUUGUCGUGGCCACAUGGACCUCUUUUUUAUCCAUAAUUCGUGACUAUUUGCAUGAGCGGGAUUGGAAGACGCUUGAUUUUAAUGGCCAGCUGAAUGCCAAGGAGCGCGAAGAGGUGCUCAGAGAGUUCAAUAUGGUUCUCAACGACAAGCGGGUGCUGCUGCUCUCCCUCACCGCUGGCGGUGUUGGUCUCAAUCUGAAUGUGGCUAACCACUUGCUGCUGGUGGACCUGCACUGGAAUCCGCAGCUGCAGCGACAGGCGCAGGAUCGCAUCUACCGCUACGGCCAGCAAAAGCAGACCUUCAUUUAUCGCUUCAUGUGUCGGGACACCAUGGAGCAGCGUAUCAAUGCGUUGCAGGAGUACAAGUUGGAGAUUGCCAAUGUCGUGCUUCAGCCAGACCAAAGCGCACUAUCAUCAGCCGGUGGACGUCUGAGUCUGGAGGACUUGAAGAAGUUGUUCUUAAAUGGAGUCGAAGCCUAGGCCCAGCAAAUCUCGGGUUGAAAAUCCGAGUAACUUUUUUGUUUAUUUGUUUAUUUCUUUUUAAGAAGUUUCGUUUUGAGUUUUCCUUUAACAUUCAAUGUUAUAUUUCUAAGAUGGUAGGUAGAUACACCAUCUGUUGUGUAUCGCUUCGAACGCGAAUUUGAUCUACAAAUACCCAGAAAUUUAUAGCAAUAAUUUUAUGCAAAACAUGUUCA